UUUCAAUCACAAGCCUGACUGUACCUGCAGUCCAAGUCGAGAUGGCCCAUACCUUCGAGUUCCGCAAUACAUUUGGCAGCAACGACACAGUGCCAAAGGAGACGGCAGCAUACGACUUCAUCACCGUCCUUGCCGUGGCUCAGAAACUCCAGGUCGAAAUCUUACCCAUAACGUGGCAAUCAACAAGAGAGCUUGCGGGAAGGGGAAAGACAAGUGAGAUCAGUCAGUCAUCGAUCAAUUUGCAGACUAGCCUUGCGUUCAAGCGUGUUGCAAAGAAGGACAAAAGAUAUGAGCCUGAGGGUCAAAUUUUUCAAUCCGUGAUAAAUGAGAUCACUGCAUUAUGCCAUCCAUCCAUCCGAAACCAUCCAAAUAUCGUGGAGUUGCAGGGUAUAUGCUGGGAUAUUCCUGUGAAGGAAGAUAUUGACGAUAAUGAGAUGGUAGAGCGUGUAUGGCCGGCUUUAGUGUUUGAGAAGUCUGAAUUUGGAGACUUGGGGCACUUUGCAAUAAUGCCCAUCUGCAGAGAACUUGGCUUUAAGGACCGACUAGAGCUUUGUAUGGGUAUCGGCAUUGCGGUCGCAGACAUGCAUUGCAAUGGGAUCAUUCAUGGAGACAUCAAGCCCCAGAACGUUCUCGUUUUCAAGGAUAAAACCACCAGUACAUUCACAGCAAAAGUCAUCGACUUUGGUUUUUCAACUUGGUACACCCAUGAGGAUCAUCAUCUAAGACUUGCACGGACGCCUCCAUGGGACGCCCCAGAGCAUCGCGAGUACACUGAAUUUAAGCCAGCCCAAGCGCGCAAGACGGACGUGUUUUCAUUCGGUAUGCUCUGCCUUUGGAUGCUUUUUGAACGGAAGCUGUCAUCCAGAGAUGAGUUUUGGACGCAAGAACCUUUCCAGUACGAAUUGGGAGGACAAUUGUCACGUCUGGAGGCGCUGAAAAGCGCCAACAAGCUUGUGUUGUUAGCGGACCGACUGUUAGGUGAGAAAGACGACCUGGAUAAGGAGAGAAGAGAACAACUCAAAGAAUUUUUCCGAUUAUCUAUUGUCAACAAUGCAGACCUGCGAGCAUCUGACCUCCAACAUUUACUCACCCUACUAAAUCCAGAUAAAGUCCAGUGUGCACUUAAUAUCGAGAAACCUGUGGAAGAGAUUAUGUCACCUUCAGACUGUGGAUUUAAGACUCAAUAAGACCAGCCUACAAAGGUGACUAUCGAGUGCGUACUUACAUUACUGCCUGCUUGGAGAAUAGGCUGGAUGGAGUGUUACUCCCUUGUAU